AGGAUUGGCUCCGCCAGUUAGUUAAAGUUGUCAGCAAAAGUUGAAGACUGGGUGGAUUUCUCACGUCGUGAAUAUAAACCUGUUUGAUUUCAGCUCUUCGUCGUUGUAGGAUAACCGAUGUCAGAUGUCCGUCUCCAUGUCUAGUCUGGAGAGCCCCCCGCGGUCCUCCGUGUUUACCUUUGAGUCCUCAGUGCACAGCUGCCAUGUGCUGCGUUGCCUGGACGACCAGCGGAGGCGUGACCUGCUGUGUGACAUCACAGUGGUGGUGGGAGGGAGGAGCUUCAGGGCCCAUCGCUCUGUGCUAGCUUCCUGCAGUAAAUACUUCACUCACAGGGUCUCGUCCCACGCGGGCCCAGGGCUCGUCAUCACCCUGCCUCAGGAGGUGACGGUGAGUGGCUUUGAGCCACUGCUGCAGUUCGCCUACACCUCCAAGCUGCUCUUCAGUAAAGAGAAUGUCAUGGAGAUACGACACUGUGCCUCUAUUCUGGGUUUCAGGGAUCUGGACUCGGCCUGUUUUGACUUCCUCCUGCCCAAGUUCUUCAGCAGCAGUUCGUCCUCCUUCCAGAGGAAGACCUGCUGUAAGACACAGUACAGGAGACAGUCUCCCAGGUCAGAGCUUAGCGACAUCGACACUAACAAGGAUGUCUUAGAUGAUGACAAAGGGGUCCGGGUGGUUUCUGAUUCGCCCGUUGAACAGGAUGUGGGCGGAGCCCCCUGUCAAAGCAGCCAACCAACAAAUGGUGUGACAGGAUGUAAAAGCGAAACCCCCGCCCCUCCUCCUGAAGUCAAUAUCCAAUCAGACACCCAGACUGACGACUCCCUGCGGUGCCCCAAGUCCUGUAAGUUCCAGCUGGCUUGUGGGAAGGACGGUGUGUGUCUGGACGUCUGCAUCCCAGAAACAACCCUCGAUUCCCCAGUGGUCACUGAGGAGCGCUGCCCUCUGCCUCAGUCCCGGUCCUGUCUACCUUGCUCCAGUAGUGGGGGCUGUAAGGAGGGUCCUGCAGUGGAGAUCUCUGGAGAGAAGAACUCCUCCCAUCACUCACAGACACAGACUAACCAGGCAGAACAUGGGGAGGUUGAGGAGAGGAAAGGAGAGGAGGAUGGGGAAAAGAGAGAGGCAGCCGAGGAGAACGUAGACAAGUAUGAGGGGGUAGGAGAGGUGGAGGAGAGGAGGAGAGAAGCAGAGAAGGCUUCUGGAGUCGGCUGCCUUAGAUCUCCACUCAUGGAGGUUUCCAGUGGUAGGACUGUCAGCUGUGAACAGAGCCCAGGGUUGGAUGAGGGCACAGUGGGUACUGCAUCACACCGAUGCCCCCUUGAGGAACCUGGGCUUGCCCAUCAGAGCCCUGGAGGUGUGGGGGAAGGAGGUUGUGUUCUAGGUGGUAGAGGGCACCGUGAAGGGUUAGAUCCAGCUGUCUCCAUCCCCAGUCAGCCAAAGACAGAACAGGAGCAGGGAGGGAGCGGACAGGGAGAGGAAGAGAGGAGCAGCAUGGAGAGGGAGGUGGCUGAACACUUGGCCCAUGGUCUUUGGUCAGACCUCUCGUCUCCUCCUCCUUCCCUCCUCCAGGACUCCCUACCUGAGACCGGGCCUGAGAACAUUCAGGGCAGCAGAUCCACCUUGAACCCCCGGAGCAUGAGCCCCAAGUUGGACUGGCUGAACCAGCUGUACCUCACCUCCAGCACCGGGGACUGUCCUUUCCUCCAUGGCCUGGACAGAGGGAUGGACAGAGGGACAGGGUUAGGGGACGCCCAGCUGCCGGGCUGUGAGGGGUCAUCCCAGUCAGAGAAGAGUCCCUGUGUGUCCUCUCUGACCUCUGGGGAUGAUGGAGACUCAGACUGCUUCGAUACGGAGGGAGACAGUGAGUCCUGCUCCUACAGCCAGAAGGCUAGGGAGUUACAGCUGCCAUUCUCUGUAAGUCAGAUUUUGGCGUUGAGCAGGAAUGACUUCCAGCUGAUGUUGAGGCACCAGACUCUGACCAGAGAGCAGCUGGACUUUGUCCACGACGUCAGACGCAGGAGUAAGAACCGCAGCGCAGCCCAGCGCUGUCGCAAGAGGAAGCUGGACUGUAUACACAACCUGGAGUGUGAGAUCGACAAACUGAGGACAGAGAAGGAUCAUCUCAUGACAGAGAGGACCAAUCUGAUCCAGAUGAAACUGAAGACUUGGCAAAGUGUGUCUGAACUGUGUCAGAGGGCCUGCAGCGAGUCCGCCCUGAGUCCCAAACAACUCCAGGUCCUAGCCUCCCCAUAUUGCCCUCUCUCUGCUCUCAUCUCCCCCACAGACCCAGCCUCCCCUGGGCUGGAGGGACGAGUACAGCCCCUGGCUUCUCUGUCGGCCUCCUCCUCAGCCUCAGAACCCCGAGAAUCUUAGACCAGCUGUCCCAAGGACACACCCACAGGGGAGGAGCUAUCAUGUGAUUGGACAGACCAUCAGGUACAUACCUGUGAACAGGUGACUGAUACCCUGCCCAUAGUGUGACCAAGAAAGGUGUUAGUCCAGACACCUGUAGGGGCCACCAUUAUCUUCAUCGCCAUCAUCAUCACCACCAUGUUCUGCUUAUAAUGUUAUAAUAGGCUACAACUCCUAAACAGAGGAAAGAUUUCUAACCACUAGGCUACCUUCCGCCCCUACACUCUAACCACUAGGCUACCUGGGGGGGGGUGUAGAGGCGGGAGGUAUUCUAGUGGUUAGAGCGUUGGACUAGUAACCAGCAGGUAGCCUAGUGGUUAGAGCGUUGGACUAGUAACCAAAAGGUUGCUCGGUCGAUUCCCUGAGCUAACAAGGUAAAAAAUCUGUUGUUCUGCCCCUGAACAGGCAGUUAACCCACUGUUCCUAGGCUGUCAUUGUAAAUAAGAAUUUGUUCUGAACUGACUUGUCUAGUUAAAUAAAGGUUAAAUAAAAAAUUAACAAAAAUCA